AUGAGCCGUCCCUACGCAAGUGACAACUGUUCGUUCGAUGACGUGGAUAAGCUGAUGAGUACCUUGCAGCUGGCAGUCCACAUCCCCACCUUCCUCCUUGGCCUGGUCCUUAAUCUCUUGGCGAUCCGAGGCUUCAGUACCUUCCUUAAGAAGAAACAGCUAGAAUACAUUGCCACUUCCAUCUACAUGAUUAACUUGGCUGUCUUCGACUUGCUGCUUGUGCUCUCGCUCCCAUUCAAGAUGGCCCUGCCGCAAGUGGAGUCGCCCCCACAAGUCUUCUGCACUCUGGUGGAGUGCCUCUACUUCAUCAGUAUGUACGGGAGCAUCUUCACCAUCUGUUUCAUCAGCGUGGACCGCUUCCUAGCCAUCCAGUACCCACUCCUGGUCAACCACCUCCGGUCCCCCAGGAAAGCCUUUGGGAUCUGCUGCAGCCUCUGGAUCCUGGUAUGGGUUGGAAGCAUCCCCAUCUAUACUUUCCACAGGGAAGUGGAGAAAUACAAGUGUUUCCACAACAUGUCUGAUGGCACCUGGAGUGCCAAGGUCUUCUUCCCCCUGGAGAUCUUUGGCUUCCUCCUUCCCAUGGGCAUCAUGGGCUUUUGUUCCUAUAGGAUCAUUCACAUUCUGCUGCGCUGUCGGAACCCGGUCCAACAGAGAGCCUGCAUCUGGACCAUCGCUACCAAUCUUGUCAUCUUCGUGGUCUCCUUUCUCCCAGUGCACUUGGGUUUCUUCCUGCAGUUCCUGGUGAGGAACGGCUUUAUCGUGGAGUGCAGAGCUAAGCAGAACAUCAGCUUGUUCCUGCAAUUGUCCCUGUGUUUCUCCAACAUCAACUGCUGCCUUGAUGUUUUCUGCUAUUACUUUGUCAUCAAAGAAUUCCGCAUGGGCAUCAAGGGCCCCCAGGCUUCCACAGUCGAGCUGGUCCGCCAGGACACCAUGAUCUCCAGGGGUUACGGGGAGGUACCCCUCUCAAAGGAAGGAGAUCCUAGCCCCGAAUUUUCAUAA